UAUUUUCUCUUCUCCUUCCCCCAAACCCUUUUCUUUUCUCUCCCAUUUUAUUUUUACUUCAUUUGUCCUACCUAAAACCUACACAAUCUACACACACACACAAAACACAUCUUCCUGGAAUUUCCCACCAUAUAUAUAUAUAUAACCUCUUAAUUACUUUCUACUAGCUUUGGAAUGAUGGAGAAAAUGGACGACGAAGAAUUUUCAAAUUGUUUUCUCCAAAUCCCAGCUGCCGGAUCCAACCCUUCUCUGGCAAAGAAGAAGAGAAAUCUCCCCGGAAACCCAGAUCCUGAAGCAGAAGUUGUGGCGCUGUCGCCCAAGACUCUAAUGGCAACUAACAGAUUCGUGUGUGAAAUAUGCGGGAAGGGGUUUCAAAGAGACCAGAACCUACAGCUUCACAGACGAGGCCACAACCUUCCAUGGAAGCUGAAACAAAGGAGCAGCAAAGAGCCGAGAAAACGAGUGUAUGUUUGCCCUGAGAAGAGCUGUGUGCACCACCAUCCUUCAAGGGCACUGGGAGACCUCACUGGUAUAAAGAAGCACUUUUGUAGAAAGCACGGCGAAAAGAAGUGGAGGUGCGAUAAGUGCUCCAAGAGAUAUGCUGUGCAGUCUGAUUGGAAAGCUCACUCCAAAACUUGUGGCACCAGAGAGUACAAAUGUGACUGCGGUACUCUAUUUUCAAGGAGAGACAGCUUCAUCACUCACAGAGCAUUCUGCGAUGCGUUGGCGGAAGAGACAGCCAGAGUAAAUUACGCAGCUACAAGCAUAAGCAACGCUGCCAAUAACAACUUCAAUUACCAGUUCAUGGGCGGAGGGACAGAAUCAGCAUUAUUCAUGCCACAGCCACAACAUUAUUUUCCAGCAGCUUCUAUUUUCAAGCCAAUCAUCUCAGGAAAUGAAGGAAGAACGUCCUUAAGAAAUGCUAAUAACCUUAACCUUGGUGGCUCCAUGGUCAGUAGCAGUUCAGGGUUAAUUUACUGUACUGACCCUGUACUUCCCCCAGCAGCUGGUGAUAAUUAUAGUAAUCUCAAUUGGGUAUUUGGGGCAAAGCCUUUUUCUCAAAACAACAACAACAACCAUGGUGAUGAAGAUGGUGAAGAUUUGGAUGAAAAUGAGAAGUUGGUAAGGGCCACGGGUGGUGGUGCUUCUUCAAUGUACCGCCACCAAUUACUACAGCAAUUGAACCAUAGCCAAAUGGCAAAUAUGUCAGCCACUGCUUUGCUGCAAAAGGCUGCCCAAAUUGGGGCAACUUCCACCACCACCUCAGACCCAUCAUUAUUCCAACUCCAAGAGGGUUAUGUGUUCAAAUGCAGCAGUGGGAGUGGUACGGCAGCUGCUGGCUGUGGAUUUUCAGCUGGUACAGUUAACCCAAUUAUGGAGGUGGAACUGGAGGGCAUGUACCCUGCAAAACGGCGUCGUACAGAUCAGUGUGAACAAGAGCCUGGAACUGGAACUGGAACUGGAACUGGAGGGCAGACUAGGGAUUUUCUUGGAGUUGGCGCCCACACUACCAUUUCCCACGCCUCAUCUAUCAAUGGAUGGAUCUAGCCAUUUAAUUACUAUGUAUGGUAUGGUAUUUGCCAAUUUCAUUUGGACCUCUCUCUCUCUUUUUUUUUUUUUUUCUUUUCUUCAUUUCUUUACGCAAAGUUGACAAUAAAGUAAAUCAAAAGAUGGGGGUGAGAAUGGAGAAUGAGAUUUAUUCAACUAUCUAUAUCCUGAUCAAGAUGAGCAAAGUUGAGCA